CUUUGACAAACACGACCACGUCCACAGUCCAGCAUCUACAGAGAGCCUCCUCAUGGCAGUUCCGACAAUCCCCCAUGUGGAAGAGGUGAUCCGACAGUUCUACUCGAGCCAGGACUCCGCCUACCAACGGUCCGCUCAGGAAUAUCUCCACAACCUACAAAAGGAGACGUUCGCAUGGGACCUUGCUCCCCAUCUUUUGUCGUCCCAGAGCGAGAAUAGCCAGUUCUUUGGAGCGCAUACCUAUCAGGUCAAAAUUUCAAGGGACUGGAACACAAUUCCGGAUGACAGGAUCGAAUGGAUACGAGAGGAACUUAUCCGAUGGAUCGUCCGAUAUUCUAAUGGUCCAGCAUUUAUUCGGACAAAGUUGUGCUUAGCUCUGUCUGCCUAUGCCAUUCGAGCAGUGCCGAAAUACUGGCCAAACUUUAUCCACAGUCUCUACCAGGACUUUAGAUCACGGACCAACCAAAACGUGGAUGGCGUUUUCAUGUCACAGCAGGCUAUGGAGCUGGUGUGCCUGGAGUUUUUUACUCUCAUCGCAGAAGAACUCGGUCGUGCAGAGAUUGAGCCCAGGAAAAGGGCGCAGCUCACAGACGAGGUUUCCAAGGGCGUUCCAUUGAUCAUGUCGUUUAUUCAGGAAAUCUUGGUGGGAAGCAACCCAGCAUCAAAACCAAAGGCGCUCGUGUGUUUUAAAAGCUGGGUCCAAUAUGGCAUUACGUUCGAUGUCAUCCAACCACUUUUGGGACUCGUGCUGAAUUCGCUAUUGGAUGACGAGACAUUUGACGCUGCAGCUGAAGUGUGGACCGAGAUCAUGUCGUCGUCAGCGGCAGCUAGGCAUCAAGACACGAUCUGCGAGGGCCUAAUGCCCUGCUUCGCAAGCGAAUGGGCGCGAGCCAAGCAUCUGGAGUCUAUUCAGGCAGAAAAUGAGGACAUCAGCAAGAGUCUUUGCCAGCUCUUGUCUACGUUUGGCGACAACUUCUCGGACUGGAUCGCGGCCAAGUUCCUCCGACCGGACAUUGUGCUCUACUUGGAGAUGAUGAUGGGCUUUGCAGGAUUUCCUGGAUACUAUGCGGAGGACGAGACCAUCAGUGACUCGACGCUGAACUUUUGGUACAUGCUCCAGGAAUCUUUGAGUGAGCUGCAGCCAGAUGACUCUGAGAACAGUACUGGCAAUCGCGGGAGUCUGGACGAUGACAGACAGGUUAUCCUAUCCACUAUUUCCUCCGCCUCCAACAUCACGGGUCUGGAUAAGCAGUCUCUGCAGGCAAUCCGGGAGGCGUCCAUCCCCGUCUAUAUCCGACUUACGGAGGUGCUCAGGAAGAAGCUCGAAUAUCCCUCACAAAAGGAGUGGCUCACCUGGGCGCGGGAUAUUCGACAAGAGUUCACAGGACAUCGGCAGGAGAUCGCCGACACCCUUAUCAACUCGUAUCACGUCCUUCAUCAGCAGAUCCUGUCGUUACUCAUCGAUACAUGCAUCGUGCAGUUGGACGGGAUCCAGAAGGUAUCGUUGUCAGGCCUCAACAUUGCAGAAAACACGCAGCUGGAGAUUGGUCUUUUGCAGCUGGAGGCUACGCUUUACUGCUUGAAAGCUCUGUCCGAGGUUGUGCCACACAGCGAGAGCGUUCAGAUGCCUCGGUUCUUCAGCGACCAAAUCUUUGGGCGACUGCCCACGAACGUCGUGUGCCGAACGCGCGAAACAGCCUUAAGCCUCAUCGGUUCUUAUGCCGAUUGGUUCAAGCUACACCCACAGUUCCUGCUGCCUGCCCUGAAUUUCGUCAUCCCGGCUCUGGAAAUCCCUCAGCUCGCCCCAUACGCCGCCAAGGCACUGAAGAACAUCUGCGAUACAUGUCGCGAGUCUUUAGUGGAGGCCAUUGAUGCGUUCAUGACUGUGUUUGCGAACGUGGAGCGUGCCAUUGACCCAGCGAUCAAAGGCAGCGUUGUGUUUUCUAUCGCGACAGUCAUCCAAUCCUUGCCUGUGGAACGUAGCAUUAGCCCACUCGUGGGUCUGUUGGGUGACAUCUUCACGCGUUUGAACGAGUGCCUGGAAACCAGGAAGCAGCGGCUGGCGAGUGGAAAUAGCGAGAUGAUUGCAACUCAACGUCAGAAUAGUAAUGGGGAAACCGAACUGGAGCCACUUUCGGCCAUGAUGCUUCAACAACUUGAUUUCCUGUUAUCAUGUUGCAGAGGACUUCAGUCGCCUUUGGAAGAGGAGGUCCGGACGGCGGAUGAAAGAAUUCAGUUAUAUCAAAGAACGGUAGAAGACCGAGUGAGGAUCAUAAUUUCAGGAGGCAUGGCAGCUGAACUCGCACAGUCAAUGGAGCAAGUUAUCCAGGGCGUGGUUAUGGUGUGGCCACACGAGCUAGAGAUCAUGGAGAGGACUAGCCAGAUUGUCAGGGCCAUGAUGACAGUAUCCCAGUUCUCGCCCCUCUAUUUGCCUUUCCGGAUACUGAUUCGUGUUGUUGAGACCGCAUUUCGACAACAUGCUUUCCCAUGCUGGCUGGAUGCUGCCGCCAAGAUCGUGUCAGUAUAUUAUUUUGAAACAACGGGCGGCUCAUUGGCAUCAAAGCUCGGCUCUGGGGCACCCAUCAACAGCAAUGUUGGAUCCAGUUCUUAUUCUGGCACAUCGUCGACGCAGGCUGUGGAUGUCGAUAGCCUGUCUGCAUCGGCUAGUAUGGCUCCACGAGGAAGGACUUCAAUCGAACAUGAGAACGAAGCCGCGUUUACGCAUUUGCUUUCAACAUUGGUCGCUCGCACCAUGGAGGGAAUGCAAUCGAUGGCAGAUAUGGAGGAACAUCCGGAUGUUGUCCACUCAUUCUUCGCAGUGCUUUCUCAGUUUGUGCGGCAUGCGCCCCUUGCAUUCUACAACAUUCCACCCGAACAGACCGAGAACUUGAUGAACUUUGCAGUGGCUGGCCUUGCACUUCAGGAACGCCUCGCCUUGAAGGCAACCUUGCUCUUCUUGAUUGAAUUUGUGAGCCAGAAUUAUGACUACCCAGAGCUGAAGCAAAGAGUCGACGAAAUUAUGACCAGGAUAGGACCGCAGACCAUGCGCGCUAUCUUGCUUGGCAUUGGAGGCCAGGUACCAAGGAGCAUGGUACCGCAGCUGAACGACUGCUUGUAUCCACUGAUUGGAAAGUAUCCUCAGGAAUGUCGCAGUUGGAUGCAGACGCUGCUUAGCGAGCCUGGAUUCCCAUCAAAAUAUGCUGACCCAGCAUCGAGAGAAAAGUUCAUCAAAGGGGUCAUGCAAACCAGGAGUCCUAAACGGUUCAAGGACGAGGUCCACCAGUUCUCGAACAAGUGCCGGCAACUGGACGGCUCUGUCUACGGAUCCGCCAUAUGAUUCUACUGCAUGUUGAUAAAAUAUUGUGGGCGAUUAGGGUCGGCGAUCAAAGACACGUUGCGUGCAGGCCCAGUGUUUCACCUUAUUUGGGAUAAGCUCUGGGAAACGAACGCCUUUUGCUGCUCGAGAAUAUCAACAUUCCGUCGUCUGCGCCUUCUCGAAUAAACCAGAGGAGCCUAGUACCUCCCUAUAUUCUUCUACAGGCAUCUCUGAUGUUCUAAAUGGCUGUGCAAGUUUUUUAUUGACGUUAGAUCCUCCCAGG